UGGGAAGGAGUUUUUGACUACUGUAGAAUUCCCCUUGUCUUGAUGAAUGCUCAACAAUGUCGCUCUCCUCAGCACGCUAGAAAAAGUCUCUCUCUCUCUCUCUCUCUCUCUCUGUAUUCUCUUAAAAAAAAAAAAAGAAAAAAGAAAAAAAGCUCUCUCGUCUCGCUCUCCCCGAGAAUAUAUACUGACUUAACUCUGAAAACCCUAGCUCGCUCCCCAUUCCUUCAUCGGAGGACUCACUUUGAUCUGCUGAGUACCUUCACCUACUAAUUGCGCAGGCAGUUCGCCAUGGACGAAGAGUAUGACGUUAUAGUCCUCGGAACUGGUCUUAAGGAGUGCAUCCUCAGCGGUCUUCUCUCCGUUGAUGGUCUAAAGGUUCUCCACAUGGAUAGAAAUGACUACUAUGGAGGAGAGUCAACUUCUCUUAAUCUCAUUCAGCUCUGGAAGAAGUUUAGGGGAACUGACAAGCCUCCUGCACAUUUGGGCUCUAGUAGGGAUUAUAAUGUGGACAUGAUCCCAAAGUUUAUGAUGGCAAAUGGUACCCUUGUACGUGUCCUCAUUCAUACAGAUGUCACAAAAUAUUUAUACUUUAAAGCAGUGGAUGGCAGCUUUGUCUUUAAUAAAGGAAAGAUUCACAAGGUGCCGGCAACUGAUAUGGAGGCCCUCAAAUCGCCACUCAUGGGCUUAUUUGAAAAGCGUCGUGCUCGCAAAUUCUUCAUAUAUGUCCAGGAUUACAAUGAAAAUGAUCCCAAAACACAUGAUGGGAUGGACUUGACAAGAGUAACAACUAGAGAACUUACUGCAAAAUUCGGUCUAGAUGAUAAUACUGUGGAUGUCAUUGGUCAUUCAUUGGCUCUUCAUAGGAAUGACCGCUACCUAGAUGAACCUGCAUUGGAUACCGUUAAGAGAAUGAAGCUUUAUGCGGAGUCUCUUGCACGUUUUCAAGGUGGGUCGCCAUAUAUUUACCCUUUAUAUGGAUUAGGAGAGCUCCCGCAGGCAUUUGCACGACUCAGUGCUGUUUAUGGUGGAACAUAUAUGUUAAAUAAGCCUGAGUGCAAGGUAGAGUUCAAUGAGGAAGGCAAAGUUGUUGGUGUCACUUCUGAAGGGGAAACUGCUAGGUGUAAGAAAGUUGUUUGUGAUCCUUCCUACUUGCCCAACAAGGUUAGGAAGGUUGGGAGGGUUGCGAGGGCAAUAUGCAUCAUGAGCCACCCAAUACCAAAUACCAGUGACUCCCACUCAGUGCAGGUUAUUCUUCCGCAGAAGCAGUUGGGGCGCAAAUCGGACAUGUACCUUUUCUGCUGUUCCUAUUCGCACAAUGUUGCCCCAAAGGGCAAAUUCAUUGCAUUUGUAUCAACAGAGGCAGAGACUGAGCAGCCUGAGAUUGAACUAAAGCCAGGAAUUGACCUUCUAGGGCCUGUUGAGGAGAUAUUCUUUGAUAUUUAUGACAGAUAUGAACCAGUCAACGAACCCUCUUUGGACAAUUGCUUUAUAUCUACAAGUUACGAUGCCACAACACAUUUUGAAUCAACUGUAAUGGAUGUGCUCAGUAUGUAUACAAUGAUAACUGGAAAGGUUGUCGACCUCAGCGUGGAUCUAAGUGCUGCUAGUGCUGCAGAGGAGUGAUGAGCAAUGGGUCCAGGUGUGAAUUUGUGUGGGUUGGCGAACUUUGCCUCGAGAGGGCGGGUGGGACUUGAUAUUGGACUCUUUCGAUCACAUUGAUUAGAUAUUACAUGUAUCAAUAUGUUGUGUGUUUACCUGCAUAUGUGGGAUUUAACAUGCAUGUAGAAUUCAGGCAUACGCCUGAGCUUGCACUUAUGCCGUUGCCUAAAUGAUUGUGUUAAAUCAUCUGUGGUAUUUUAAAUUUACGUGACGGAACUUUAGCCAUACCACAAUUAUAUCUUCCAAAAUAAUAGGAGGAAAAAAGGAUGUUGGACUC